UCAACUGGUUGAGGAAUCGAGUCACAGCGUAUUUCAUAUUGCAAUCAUGUUUAGGGGGUUGUGGAGCCCACGCACUGACGUGACUGAGUUCACAAGGUGUUGUUUUUGUCUACCUCUGAGACACGGAUUGAUCGCAUGGGGCUACUUGAAAACGGUUUUACUUUCAGUUCUCAUAUUCGAACAGUUUCUAGAACAAUCUUAUAGGGAGAAAAUUGCACCGAUGUGGGUCAUAACUACAGCAGUUACUAUAAUUGAUCUAAUUUGGACUGCAGUUUUUAUACUGGCCGGGCAUAUGAAACAUCGCUUACUGUUUAAAUUAUAUUACAAGUACAGCGUAUGCUUUCUAGUUAUAUUUAUAGUUGUGUUUCUUGCAAAUACAAUAGAUGACAUCAUUGAGAUCGAGACUGGCCGAGACCGAGGUGGAGAUGUCACUUACUUGGUGUAUUACUUGUCGUAUUUUCUAUUGGGAGCUAUCCCUAUGAUCGCACUGCAUGGUUACGUCACUCUGCUGGUGAGAAGCGAGCUGCUCAAGCUUGACAGGGCCAGCAUUCAGUUCGUAAACAAGGUGAACGAUGGCAACAGCCCCAUGUGCCUUGAGGACGAGGAUCAUCACUCUACUACUUCUAAAGAAGUCUAUUAGAAUCAUCAGCAUCAGCAGUUCAUUUAGACUCCACUGCCAGUGGGGGUCUAGGUCAAAUCCUUCAUUUUCUUCUGGUUUAUUUAUACUGCGCGACGUUGCAGUGGAAACUAACGCCCGUAUUCACAAACACACACAUAAGUGAAGCAGCAAAUCGAACGCACAGCGUUGAGUAUAGAGCUAUGUGAUUGGUUCCUGUGUCACCCUGUGCGUCCACGCGCACUGUGAGUCCUCAUAGUUGUAGUUAUGUUUGUGACUACGGGCGUUAAUGACCUGCAUAAGUACAUAAUUAUUAGAAUAUAGAUUUUUUUUCAUAUAAUGGACUGUUUUCUUCGUUCUCACAGAUACAUUUUGUUAAACCCAUACUAUAUUUUAUUAGUACCUAACAUAUUUUUAAAGUCAUUGUAACUAACCCCAUAGUC